AGGGUUCCAAUUCCGGAAUCCUUUGCCUGGGGUGCCCGUGGUCCAAGCUCCCCACCUGAGGGGGAGCUAGCAAGCAUGGAUUUCAUGGACUUGAGUCUCCGGAAGGGCGUGGUGGGCCUGGCCACAGGUAUGGGUGCCAUCUACCUGCUCUACAAGGCCAUCAAGGCUGGCGUUAACUGCCACUCAACUAUCUCAUCAUCCUCACCCGUCUGCAUUGCUCGCCUGGCCAUUGAGCGUGAGCGGCAUGGAAAGGACUCAGGAGAGCUUCGAAGGCUCCUCAACUCACUGGAAUGCAAACAGGAUGAGUACUCCAAGAGCAUGAUUCUGCACAGCAUCACCCGGUGUGUCUACUUGUUGGAAAGCGAAGCCUGUACUUGCACCUUUGAGGACAUCUGUUUGGUGGCCUCCCAGCUUGAUGACAAGGACAACAAUGUCAAAAUCCAAGCUCUCAAUGCCCUGAAGGCUUUCUCUGGUAUAAGGAAGUUCAGGCUCAAGAUCCAGGAGCAUUCCAUCAAAGUCUUGGAGCUGAUCUCCACCGUAUGGGAUUCUGAGCUGCACAUUGCAGGCUUGAGACUGCUAAAUGGACUGCCUCUGCCAGACUUUGCUCACCCACAACUUCGUCGGGUGAUGCCAGCCCUCAUGGAGAUCUUGCAAACGGACAGCAUUCUGGCCCAGGUCCAAGCAGUUCGCCUCCUGAGUCAUCUGGCCCAGAAGAACGACCUAUUAUAUGACAUCCUUAAUUGCCAGGUGCAUGGUAAUUUCCUGAACCUGUUCCAGUCCACACAGCCUGGGAACCUGCUAUUUGAGGUGCUAGUGUUUGCGGAGCGACUGAGUGAGGGUCGGAGUUCUCCCCAUUACCGAGCAGUGAACUGGCAGUACAAUGAACAAUCUUUGCAUGAAGCGCUCUUUGGGGAUGACUCCCGCCUGGCUGACCGGCUGCUGGCUCUGGUGAUUCAUCCUGAGGAAGAGGUGCAAAUUCAAGCCUGCAAGGUCAUUGUCAGCCUACAGUGCCCUCAGGACAUCGGCCACCGGCCCUCCUCGUGCCACGCAUCUUCUUCCCACUUUCAGGAAAGGGAAGACAAAAACCAAUAAAUGUCAUAUGGGAGAGAAAGAGAAAAAACCCAAAGAAAGUGGGGUGGGGGUGUGAACAUUGGAGAACAGGCAGCAUUUGUUCCAAUUCAGAGCUUGAAAGAACCUCUCAGAAGUCAUCUUGUCCGACCCCAGUCCCCAAGCCAUAACAACGAGUGUCAUCCCCCUAAACAUUUUCCUCAUUAGGAUGAAAUACAAAGAGCACUGGA